AUGGUCGUUCAGAAAGUAAAGCAUGAGUUGAACGCAAACAUAGGUGCGGAAUACUACAAGAUCAGUUAUAAGGUAGAAGUUGCUCAGUCAUGGCCUUGUUGGACGUGGAAGUUGGACGAACCGCCGACGUACGCAGAAGUGAUCCUAGAAGACUUACGCAUGCAUCAGACUUACAGGAGCGAUGACAUCAUGAGCCACCAGGGGCCGCCACCGAAGCCCGCGCCGGCGCCCAAACCCUCGGGGCUCGCCACGAAGCAUCCGGUCAAUCUCCUUGACGAUGACCUUCCAGUCGGCGACCUCUUGACCUACGAGUUUGGCCCCACGCUGCCGCCGCCGCUCCUCCCGCUGCCACCCAGUGGCGCCCUCCCGUCAUCUCGCGAUCCGUUUGACGUGGCGCCGGUGACGAGCGGACCGUCUCGUCCGUUACCGACGUUGCCGAGUCACACCGCCUACGCCGGCGCCCCCUCAGUCACCGCCACCGCCUACGCCGGCGCCCCCUCAGUCACCGCGCGCCAGAAACCGACACUACCCCAGAAGCCUGUCGGUCACGCGGCAGCCCAGCAGGUGGCGCCACCCGUCCCCGCGGCGCGUCACAACUGCUGGGUGUCGUUCGACGGCCAGGAGCAGCCGCCGGUGUUGCCGCGGCGACAGUCGCUGUCUCAGGACCGGCUGUCGGCGGCCAGCGCGACGGUGGCUCCCCCUCGCAGCGUGACGCACGGCAGCCUGGAGCAGCUGGCGGCUCCUACCGCCGCCGUCCGCAAGACGUCGCUGACUGAGGGCCGAAAGAAGGUGGCGCCACGUCCUCCGCCGCCGACGACGAAGCAGAAACCGACGGUGCUGCGCCCUACGAAGCCUCGGACGACGGGAAAGCCGCCCGCCGCCAGAGGGAGCCUGAGUGCAAAGUCGUCAAGUGUGAAAACGAAUGCGCCGCCACCUCGUCCACCGAGCACGUACCUCAGCUCACAGAGCUUCAACCGCAGGGGGUCAACGCGCAGUGCAGGCACUGCUUCCUCCUCAUCCUCCUCCUUUAAUCCCCCGCAUGGAGUGCAGCCACACACGGCGGGCCGCAGUAAGCAGAACACGGCCUUGGAUUGGGGCACGCAGACGACAUCGGCGAGCAAUCUGCCUCCGAGACCGGGGCCGGGCCAUCCUCUAUACCACUACACGGUAACGGGUCCGCACGGCAUCAUUGUUGUUAUAUGCAG